CAACUGUUUGCGCCCCUGUGAACUACUGAAACACUUUUACAAAACUGAUAACUAUACGUAAACGAUGGCUGCAAUUUUGUCUCGCUCCUGCCAGGUGCUGCCCAUCGGGGCGGCGCGUUGCCCUCUAGCUGUAGCCUUGCCGCGAUGCAUUUCGUCUAGGAGCGUAACACCUUGUGUGGCGCCGGCUAAGAUCGCUCGGAGACCGCUGGCCUGCAGGGCAUCGGCCGAACAGCCCAACGGCUCGACCCCAUCACGUCACGCGGUGUUGCACGACUUCUGCAUGUGCAUUCCUUAUGGCGCUCUGGCGGUUGUUGCGGGCGUCGCGCUGUUCUUCCUUAAGUUCACAAACAUUGCGGGCACAGCAAUCGUUGCGGGAGCUACUUCGCUGGCUGCUUCCUACCUUAGCCUCCAAGAGUGGAAGAAUGGUGGCAGCUCCACAACGUAUACGCUGACGUCUGCAGCCUCUGCCGCCUUCGUCGCAUACACCACCUACACCUCCCUGCCCUCCCUGGUCGGCAUUCCGUACUGGCUAAGCGUGCUGCUGUGCGGCUUUAGCGUCGCAGCAGCCGCCUUCUGCGCCUACAAUGUGGUAGCGGGGGGCAACCCGCCGCCUAAGAAGGGUGGUGCUGACAAGAAGAGCAAGUACUAGGCUGACACUAGCCCCACUACAGACACUACUCUUGGUUUGACUGCUAGCAGAACCUUCAGCGCUUUGAACGUGGUAGCAGGGGUGGGAGUUGGUUUCAACAGGACAGUUCUUAUGGUGAAGUCAAUAGCGAUGGCGAACGGAAGAGAGGGGGGGGAGAGAGCAGAUGGUCUGGGGGGAAAGUGGGUAUUGGCUUUGGGCUGGCAAGGAAGGGAGAGUCGCGAGGGGAGCUUUGAGCGGGGGAGCGGGGGUCUGGAAGGGUUUGGGAGGCUUAGAUGGUUUAGCAGGAAGGGCUUGGGAAGCAGGGAGGGAGGCUGCGGAUACUCUUUGCGUGGUGCAUUCCGUCGCCAUCCAGCAAUGUGCCAUGUUGGACAUGUGCUGGGGCCUAGUGUGCUGUCAGGGGCGUAUGGGAAAAGGACGUUUUAGGAAAUUAAGCAUCCAGCCGCGAAGCUCACGACCAUAAUGAGUUAGUUUGGAUGCGCGUGCGUGUGCCUUCCGCAACUGCUGCUGCAUUUGGUGGCCGGGGGUGCGUCACGACAUCAGUUGUGCCGUCGCGUCAGUUGUGCGUGGAACGUGUAUGCUGCGGCUUGGGUAGCAAAUUUCUCUGGAGCUUGAUUGGUCAAUUUCCCUGGACACCGUCCUAGGUCCUUCAUUUCUUCCAUGUCUUUUCACCAGUUCCGUAACGUAGCGUGGCGUGGGGUGGAGUGAAGAAAAUGAACGAGCGGCGGCGGUUUGUACGACACGAAGUUGGAAACUGGCCGCAUGUGUGUUGCAUAUGGAAAGCUGCUGUGUGUCCCGUGGGUCACUUGGAACGCGGCGGUCACCUUGAAAGAGGAUUUGAAGCUCUUUUGUCCACAUGCGGCUGCAUGGCACGUUGUUUCUACCUCCUCUUGCCCUGAACGUAUGUUAUUGCCUGGUAUAAUCGGCACCUGCGAGGUGGGUAAUUGGUUCAGUAAGGACACGACUGUAAACGGCGACAUGGUAUUUCCUGAGUAACCAUUUUCCUAUUGCCAAUCCAGUUGUACGGCAUCACAGAAGACGGAUGCUCAUGGAUGCUAUGCGUGAUACUGUGUAGGGGAGACCGGAGGCGCCACUUCAACUUCCAAGUGUAUGACACGACCUCCC